GAGAGGGGGGUGUGUGACGUAGCCCGAUCGCGAGUCACGUGAGAGGCGAAACCAAACACCGAGACGCGCCGACACCGACAAUGGCCGCAACGGAGAGCGCCUCCGCCUCCUCCUCCUCCUCUUCUUCCUCCUCCUCUUCUUCCUCCUCCUCGCUGCCGCUGCUGCUUCUCUGCUACCUCGCGCUCGCAGGGCGCUGGACGACGAUGGCGCGUGCCGAGACGCUCGCCGUGUGCACGAGGUGCCCCGGGAGGGCCACGUCCUCGGCCGUGGUUGGGUUCUGUAACGCCACGCUGGCGCGCAGACUCAGCGGACGGUGCUGCUUGAGCGCCGGGGACAUCCAUGACACCGUCUUGGGGCUGGACCUCAGCUUCUGUCAAAUCACGACUGUGGAAGGACUACUGGAUAAUGCAUCCAAAGCUGAAGUGAUGGACCUCUCGGACAAUCCACUCGCUAACAUAUCAAGCGCAACCUUCCUUGGAUUUACAAGCCUGGCGUACAUCGAGCUGCCUCAUCUCGUCAAAUGCCCUGGAGGGAACAAGGCUUGGAAGAGGAUAUAUGUCAACCACAACAGGAUUUGCCAAGAUCAGCAGAAUGCAUGCAACGAAUCGAGUAACCACUGCCCAAAGGAGGCUGUUUGUCACCCAGAUGGUCCAGGCCUCUUUAAGUGCGACUGCAAGGACACCCAUCACGGAUACAAGUGCAUGAGAGAGGGGUUCUUCCCGAUGGCGCUGUUCUUCGGCCUGCUUACAGCGGUGACCUUUCUGCUCUCAGCUUUUCUGUGGGCCACUCAGCGGAGAAAGGCAAAAACCCUUUAGUGGGUCUGAUUUGCACAUUCCACGUGCAAGCUUUUGCCACCGCCGGCAAUGGCUCUGCUAAAUGGCGUUGUUCAAUGCUGCGCUUGACAGAGUGCCAUAACGCACUCGCCACUUUUCGAGGCCACCGUUAAGUUGUAAAUUAUUUGUUGGGUUUAACUCAUGUGUUGCGUGAGCUUCGUGCCAAUUGUGGUUGGAGUUCACCUUUUAAUCCAGGUUUGGUCUCAGGGUUUGUAGGUCUCAGAGAUCAUAGAGUGCUUAGGACACCCACUGGCUUGAAUGAGGUGGCCUGUAGAUGGCAGUAGAACCGGAAGGUUAUGAACCUCUGAAUAAAUUAAUGAUUGUAAUUUGCUCCUAUAUGUACACUUUUUCGAUGACUAUGGUUUGCUUCAAAACACAAUUAAAUAAUGAAUUGGCCAAACGUUAAAACGGGGCACUCCUCUGAAAUAGACUCGGUGGAUUUUUGGUUGAUAUAUCACAUUGUGUGUGUAUGCUGAACUUCUUUCUCACCGCACUUAGCUAACCGUGCUAAUCGGAGAUGCGAGGUUUCGUGUAUGCUUUCAGAUGUGGGGUGGCAGUGUGUGCGGCCGUAAAUAAUGAGAUGUUUCUGUUGUUGUAAUAAUUAUCACACUGGAUUUGCAAUAUAGAGAUCUGCCACCUUGAUUCGAUCUUUCAACGUGGCAAUUGAAAGUAUUUUUUUAAAACACUUUUCCUAAAUUCCCUCCCUCCCCGGCUUCUGUCCACCCAGCGGUAUAAAUUGGUAUACCACAGUUAGCUGUACUCUUUGGUUCUUUCGGUAAAGUCACGUAGGUAUAAAAUAAAAUGAAUUAAAUCACGACGUUUCGGGCGCAACACAAGCGUCCGUCAUCAGGUGGGACAACCACAGCAAGAAACAAUUGCUGUGGUUGUAAUUUAUUUUAUUUUCUACCUGCGUGACUUUACCGAAAGAACCAAAGAGUAUGGAUCCCUGCAGUCACAAAAACUUCAAAUCUAGAUCACAGUUAGCUGAUUGGCAGGUAACGUGUGGCAGGGCAAAGGGUGGGUGCUUCCCACUUCUUCCAAAAUGUUUGACCAGCGUGGAAGAGG